GCUGCGGCUGGGCGCUCUCAUCCACCUCCCGCUCUCCCCGUGCUCCCCCAUCAGCCCAUCUUGGGGUCCAUCUUGUGUCACAGUAGGUUCUCCCGGACCUUUUCAUCCACUUCGAACUUCCCGUGAAGGAGCUCAAGCUCAAGCUCAGGACAAGUCGGGUCUCCAGAGGGCUCCAGAGGGAUCCAGAUUCCAGAGGGAUCCAGAGGUUUUACGUAUGUGUCCGAGCUGUCGGAGACGUCUUUCGGCAUUUAUCAACUUCAUCAUUCCCCCUUGUCUCGUUCAGUUAUGUCCAGGUCUCGUGCAUCAUUUCAAGUUCCUCGAAUCUCUCUUGGCGAAAUUAUCCCGUCAACCUACGGUAUCCGAAAGCGACAAGCUCAUACCCUAUGCGGCAAACCUCUUUCCCUGGAAACCCCUGAUGACCAACUGUUGGCGACUUGGUGGUGGGCGGUUGAAUAGGGAGGGCUUUAGUCUCAACAUUUGCCAUCAUUCCGUCAUGAUCACGACAUCAACACUCGAGCGCUUGGCAAUUCGAAUAUACGAUUCAUUGGACCUAUGUAUUUGGUCUACUUGGAGCUGCUCAGGCCAAGGAGCGCUCUUUGAUCGGCAUCAAAAGCCGCCCGACGAUAGCCGAGACGACAGCCGAAUGAUAAAACAUGGACGCCACGGCGCACGCCAUCCCCAGACGCCACUCCCGUGAAAAAGAAAAAGAAACUUCCCACGUUUCGCAGCUGGUGAUUUCCAUCCGACUGCAGGGCGCCCAUGUUGCUUGAGGUACAGUACAAAAUUUGGUGGUUUACAUGAUCUUCCACUUAUGUCGAGCGGUAGUUGCCGUGUUGACAUCUUUCUUCGAUCACAAAAGAACCCCCAGUCAUAUGAGAGCAAAAAAAGCAA